CUGUGCACAAUCUCAUCACAAUAAGGCACUGACCAUGUUUGCUGCAAAUUGCAGAGCAGUUGGAAAGCAUGCAAGUUCCAGCAAAUUAGGAAGCAACCACUCCUACAGAACCCAACCUCUCAACUCCUCCUCUCUUGAAUCAUUCAUUCAUCCAACAAUUCCAUUACCUCUACACUCAUGUCAACCAAUAUAUAUUGCAAUGCUUCCAUCCUGCCAAAGCACCAAGCUAGCAAUCUCCAUUCCAAGGUAAGUAUCAGCAAGAGAGCAGAUAACUUUCCAUCCUAGCUAAGAUGAGCAGCACCAGCGAGGCCACCGUGAUCCACAUGGAUGGCGCCGCCGGCAAGACCCCCGCAACAGCCGUGCCGCCGCCACCACCACCGGCACCAACCGCACCGGUUCAGCAGCAGCGCAAGGCCGGCGGUGUCCCCUUCCUGCUGCGAAGCGGCGCGGAGGGUUUCCGUCGGUGCAUGGCCCUGCUGGACCUGCUGCUGAGGGUGGCGGCCAUGGGACCGACGCUGGCGGCGGCCAUCUCGACGGGCACCUCCGACGAGACGCUAUCUGUGUUCACCCACUACUUCCAGUUCCGUGCCAGGUUCGACGACUUUUCGGCAUUCACCUUCUUCAUGGUCGCCAAUGCCGUCGCCGCCGGGUACCUGCUGAUGUCUCUCCCCUUCUCCGCCUUCGGUGUCAUCCGGCCCAAGGCCACCAGCGUCAGGCUCCUGCUGCUCAUCUGCGAUACCAUCAUGGUGGUGCUUGUGACGGCGGCGGCGUCUGCUGCGGCGGCGAUCGUGUACGUGGCGCACGAGGGCAACAGGCGCGCCAACUGGGUGCCCAUCUGCAUGCAGUUCCACGGCUUCUGCAAGCGGACCAGCGGCGCCGUCGUGGCCUCCUUCCUCGCCGUCCUCAUCUUCAUCCUCCUCGUCUUCCUCGGCGCAUGCGCCAUCCGCCGCCGCCACACCACCACAAAACACUAAGCUGCUUCUUCUUCUUCGCCUGUGCUGUGCUGUGCUGUGUUGUGCAUCGAUCGAGCUCGCUGAAUGCUCCUCCGACUUGUUGCGCUCUACUUAUAAUUUGGUUUGGUGUUGCAAGAAAUCGUGCCAUUGUAAGAACGAGGCCAAGGUGUUCGCCCAGUCAACUGUUGAUCCAUCACUCACUCUGUAUCACAAUUCAUAAGUGUGUAUUCAUCAUCAAUUGCAACA